CCACUGUCCAGGUUCCUUAUUAACGCGGUAAACUGUAGAGGAGUUAAAGUAAGAAUCGAAAUAAAUAAAAUAUUACAGAUGCCGAUUAUCAAUGCAUCAUGUUUGUACCAAACUUAGAAAAAGAAUUUUACAAUGCAAUACAAAGAGAAAGAUGUUUAUUAUUAGUAAACUUUGAUGUAGAUGCAAUUUGUGCCUGUAGAAUUUUGCAACAAUUAUUUAAAAAUGAUAACAUAUUAUAUACGCUUGUACCUGUGCAAGGUAUACAAGAUAUGGUUCAAGCAAUAGAAGAAAAUUGUGAAGAGGUAAAAAAUGUUAUUAUGAUAAAUUGCGGUGGUACAAUAGACUUAGUUGAACUUUUACAACCUCCAGAAUCUGUAAUAUUUUUUAUAAUUGACAGUCAUAGACCAUAUGAUUUGUGUAACAUAUAUUCAGAAUAUCAAAUACGUAUUCUCGGAAAGCCAGAUACUGAAGACGAGAUUCCAGAAUAUAAUGACGUGUUCAGGGAUGAUUCAUCAGAAGAUGAAAGUGAUUCAAAUGAGAACUCUGAUAAUAGUGAUAGUGAAUCCAGAAGACCGAAAAGACGUAGAUUAAAUGAAGAAGAUCUUUUAAAAAGAGAACAAAAAAGAUUGUGGACUGAAAAUAGAGCAAAUCUUCUUUUUAAUUAUUCACAGUAUAGCUAUUAUGGAAAGUCUAGUGCAGUUCUUAUUUUUGAAAUGGCUUGGCACAUGUCUAAAGAUAAUUUGGACAUGCUAUGGUGGGCUAUAAUUGGUUCAACUGAACAAGCCAUUCUUAGUAAAGUAGAAUCACAAACAAGUAUACUUGAAGAAGGUACACUUCAAGCACACGUUUCAAGAUUAUCUCAUAAACAAGGUAUAACUAAUGAUAAUCCAUGUGGACAAAGUGUAGUUAGAAUAACUUACGAUAAAGAUCUUCGACUUGUACUUUAUCGUCACUGGACCGUCGAAGCAAGUCUUAGACAUUCAAUGCCAACUGCAGUAUCGCUACGGCUUUGGUCUAUUAGAGGAGAACAACGUCUGAAAGAACUUUUAGCAGAAAUGGGUUUACCGUUAGCGCAAUCAAGACAACGUUUCACUGCUAUGGAUCUCACACUUAGACAUGAAUUUAGGCAAAUGGUAGAAAAACUUGCUGGAAAAUAUAAUGUUGAUAGAAUUAUUGGUACUAGUUUUACAUUACAAUAUGGUUAUCGGUUUAAAUACUGUGCCUCUGAUAUAGUUUACGCGAUGCUAGCAUUAAUAGAAUCUACGACAAAGGACAGAUUACCGCAGCGUUGUUUCUUGGAUGCAUUGGAUUGUUUGUCACGUACUAAAAAAGAACUUUUAGAAAAUGGUAUAGAAAAAGCAAAACUGAUGCUUAGCAACAUUUUUAAGACAGCUCAAAUCAUAUUAGAAAUGAAACAAAUUAUGAAUACCGGUUCAUUUCUUUAUGUUAUUGUUCCGGAUGGUACUUUAGAUAGUCGUUUAUUUGCUCAUCCUCAUCCAUUGAUUAUGCUAGCUCAAUUCACUUUAAAAGCGUAUGUACAUUCAUGUAAAAGUAAGCGUGCACGUGAAUGGCCUAUGAUUGCGUCAGCUUUAUUCAAUCCUGAAGAAGGUACAUGUUUGAUAGUCGGCAUUCCACCAAUAUGUGAAGAUCAACCACGAAGUCUAUUUGGGAAAGCGUUUGAACAAGCAGCUAAAAAUACAGGUUCAUAUAUAAAUGCGGAUUACUUUGAUACAACAAGUAAGAUUUGUUUAAUUAUAUACAUGCAUUAUCGUUCUAUAAUGUUUCAUAAGAUUUUUUUCUUACAGUAGUAAGACUGAAGGUCGAAGAGAGACCAAAAUUUUUUGAUGCUCUAGCAGCACUUCUUACUUAAUCAUAAGAUUAAAUUAAUUGUCAAUGUGUUAUAACAAUCAUGUGAAUUUUACAAAGUAUGACUAUAAGAGAUGCAUUUAGUACGUAUAAUUUAUUUUCUUUAUGUAACACUCUACAACAUAAUAUUAUUUUAACAUUAAGAACGCAAAUGAUUAGGUAUUGUAAUAUAUAUAUAUAUAAAUGUACAUUUGUAUAGUUGUAUAUCAUAAAUAAGUGCACUAGUGUUUAGUGUGAUUGAUAUGAAUGCAAGUGAAGUGUAUUUGUUGAUCGAAAGUUUUUAUUGACUUAACAUAGAAAAAACGUGAAAUAUCAUUAAGAUUGAAUUUAUAUUUUGUGUGUUUUUAUAUUAUUUUUAAUAUUAU